AUGAAGGACAUUUCAAAAGCGGUGAAGUUGAAAGUCAAAGAUGUGGUAGUAGGAUAUCGCAGGUUGAAGUCACAAGACUUAAUUAUUUCGACACUUUCUAAGGGAGACUUAACCGACCAUCUACUACACUGGAAGGAGAAACUCAAGAAAUAUGAUAUGAAUAUAAGUAUAAAUAAAACUAAAAUAAUGUAUGUAGGCACAGAAGGUCUAGAGAAUGAAGUAGGUAUUAAAGACCAUCAAAUCCAACAAGUUGAAAAAGUAAAAUACUUAGGACCAAUUAUAGAAACCAUUGUUUUGAUCCAAGCUCAAAACAGUCGUUUUCAAAACGCUUGGUGCUUGCGUAUGAAAAUUUUCUUUUUGUGCUUGGAAAGCUACACUCUAGUCAACGGAGAGUUCGUCUAUUCUAUAACCGCUUGUAAACAAGAAUAUCUCUGCCCAAAUACCGUGAUUCGUUAA